GUAGGCGUGGCCAGGCGGGUCCCCGGCCCCCGCGAGCUGCGGCCAUGGCCUUGGCGGCCGCCGGUCCCGCGGAGGUAGUUCGCGCGGCGCAGAAGGACGACUACUACCGCGGCGGGCUGCGGAGCGCGGCGGGCGGCGCCCUGCAUAGCUUGGCGGGUGCGAAGAGGUGGCUGGAGUGCAGGAGAGAGGUGGAGCUGCUGUCCGAUGUCGCCUACUUUGGCCUCACCACAUUUGCAGGCUACCAGACCCUUGGGGAGGAGUAUGUUGGCGUUAUCCAGGUGGACCCAUCCCGGAGCAGAGUGCCCUCAAGGCUGCGCCGUGGCGUGCUGGUCACACUGCACACCGUCCUGCCCUACCUGCUGGACAAGGCCCUGCUGCACCUGGAGCUCGAGCUGCAGGCCGAUGCCGAUGGCGCCAGGCCCUCGCAGGGCAGCCUGGCACUGGGCGGGCGUGGCCGGUCGGGAGCGAGGCACUGGGUGCGCCGGCACGUGGCCGCCCUGACAGAGCAGCAGAAGAGGACGCUCCUGCGGGCCGCGUCCGUGCUCAGGCAGGGCCUCGGCUGCCUCCAGCGGCUGCAUGUUGCCUGGUUUUACAUCCGCGGAGCCUUCUACCACCUGGCCAAGAGGCUCACAGGAGUCACUUAUCUUCGCAUCCACUCCCCAGCCAUGGAGGACCUGAGGGCUCGAGAAAGCUACAGGCUGCUGGGGCUCAUCUCCCUGCUACACCUGGCCCUGUCCGUGGGCCUGCAGCUGUACGGCUUCCAGCAGAGGCAGCGUGCCCGGCGGGAGUGGAAGCUGCACCGCGGCCUGUCUCACCGCAGGAGCCACAUGGAAGAGAAAGCCAUUUCCAGAAACUCCACGUGUACGCUGUGUCUGGAGGAACGCAGACACUCCACGGCCACGCCAUGCGGCCACCUGUUCUGCUGGGAGUGCAUCACCCAGUGGUGCGACACCAAGACGGAGUGCCCUCUCUGCAGGGAGAAGUUCCCUCCCCAGAAGCUCGUGUACCUGCGGCACUAUCGCUAACCUGACCGAGGACAGAGGAGCCCAGGACUCUUUCUUAAUAAUCAGGAGAGAAACUUGAUCUAUUCUCAAGGUUAACUUUAGUUGCACAGAAAUCAUUAAAUUCUGAGAUUUUAUUUCA